AUGCAAUGUGUGAACGCUCCUACCAUACAAGUUACUCCUAAAUUAUUUGCUUCAGCUUCUAGUACUACUACUACCAACUCCAAAUCCAACUCCAAUUCCUCGACUACCACUACCACUACUGCUACCGAUACUGACACUACAGCUACACCAAUAACUACUGCUCCAAGCGACAAUGUCGUUGAAACGGUAUUCGCUGAUGAAACAGCGCCCUUUUCAACAGCACCACCCCAUGCAACAUACUUUAGCAAGCUACCAGUAUCGCCCUCCUUUGACGAGAUGUUUGCCACUUCCCCGUUCAGGAGCCGAAUUUACGAUGAAUUCGAAAGAUUCUGGCGAAGCUUUGACCACACUACAUAGACCUACUACUAUGUACUCAUUUGUAAAUGCGCAUACCUACAAAUACACGCAAAUGCCACAAGCAACAAGAAUAUAGCGAACUGUAGCAACUUUAGCGCCACUUGCAACUUGCAUCACGAGACUUGCGUUUGAUUGACAUGAACCCCGUGAAUGCGCCCCGUAUCGUUUUAGACCUAUUACCGCUACUACUACUACUACUACUACUACCAUAUACAAUCAAAAAAUAUUAUUUUAAUGAAAAAUUACUAAAAACUUUUUAUUAUUUUUUAAAUUAAUACUAUGUAGACGAUAUUCUCGAAAACGAUAUUAACGAAACCUUUUUCUGAAACAAAAUUUGUAUAUGUAUCGUAAAUGUAAAAAAUUCGAUUAUACUAAUGAAAGAAAAAAUAUUUAUAAAAUAAAAAACGACUAUAAAAAUUAUAAAACCAACCUGCUUGUAAUACAUAUUAUUUAGAAAACCAAUCUACAUAUGUAUGCUCUUAAUUUAAUAAUAUGUAUGUAAUAAUAUUAAUGCAGUUCUUUGUUGAAUAAAAAA